AUGGAUUAUGCUAAGGCCCAUGAAGUCAAGCCGUCCCUUUCGGAAUGGACGUUGAAUACAGGCGACAACGCAUGGCAGAUGACUGCGGCCACAAUAGUAGGGAUGCAGUCGGUGCCAGGGCUCGUCAUUCUGUACGGCAGUAUUGUGAAAAAGAAGUGGGCCGUCAACUCGGCCUUCAUGGCUCUCUACGCCUUUGCAGCGGUCUUAGUGGUCUGGGCACUCUGUGGUUUUACUUUGUCCUUCAGCGACGAGGAGAUGAUACCUGGGUUUUGGGGGAAGCCUUCUAUACAAGCUCUACAGUAUGAAUUUCUGUUUGAAAAAUCCUACACCUCCCUCUUUCCCAAAGCCACGAUGAGCUUUUUCCAGGUUGUUUUCGCUGCCAUCACAUUAAUUCUGUUAGCCGGAUCCCUUCUAGGAAGAAUGAAUUUCCACGCUUGGAUGCUCUUUGUGCCUCUCUGGCUUAUUUUCUCCUACACAAUUGGCGCCUACGCUCUUUGGAACCUCAACGGAUAUUUUUUCAAAAAAAUUCCCACAAUCGAUUGCUCGGGAGGCUAUGUUAUUCAUCUUUCCUCUGGAAUCGCAGGCUUCACUGCGGCCUACUGGGUAGGGCCAAGGAUGACGAGGGACCGGGAAAGAUUUCCACCGAACAAUGUGCUGCUGAUGGUGGGAGGAGGCGGGCUGUUGUGGCUGGGAUGGUCAGGAUUCAACGGAGGAGGUCCUGGGGCGGCAAACGAGUUGGCCGCCUUGGCCGUAAUGAACACUCAUGUCUGCGCCGCCACCAGUCUGAUCGUCUGGAUGGCGCUCGACAGGCUCUUCUUUGGACGCCCAUCACUCAUCGGCGCCCUCCAGGGAAUGAUCACGGGUCUCGUCUGCAUUACACCUGCUGCAUGCGUGGUGCAGGGAUGGGCUGCCAUGGUGAUGGGUGUAGCGGCGGGGAGCAUACCGUGGUGUACGAUGAUGGUGCUGCAGAAGCGAGUGUGGUUUCUUCAGCGUGUGGACGACACCAUGGGCGUCUUCCACACCCACGCUGUGGCGGGCCUUCUCGGAGGGAUUCUUUCUGGCCUCUUCGCCCACCCUCGCCUCUGUCAAAUUUUCUACAACAAUAUUGAGGGAGAACCCCCGCGCACUGGAUUUGUAUACACUUUUUCUGAUCCUGGAACGCAUCGCAAACAAAUGGGUUAUCAAUUAUUUGCUGCCCUCUUCAUCAUUGUGUUGAACGUAGCCGUGACGAGCCUGAUAUGCGUGGUCAUUGGGUUGAUUGUUCCACUUCGAAUGUCGGAGGAAGCAUUGGAAGUGGGAGACGAUGCGGCUCACGGAGAAGAGGCAUAUGCUUUGUGGGGAGACGGUGAAAAGGUGAAUAUUUUCCGAAUGUCCGCCACUGUCGAACAGUCCAAAACAUUUCACCUCGACUCCUUGUCUGACUCCAGCUACUGAAAAUCCAAUGCCAUCAUUGCGCACAACCAAACGUAUUUCUCUCGGAUCAACUUAAAAGGGCACCCCUGAUUCCAAAGUUAAAAGCUUCUAAGAAUGUACAGGACGAUUAAUUCAUGGGGUGGUCUUCGUUAUUCCCUAGCCUAUCUAUGU